AUGAAUUCUACAGAGGAGUCAGCAGUUAGGAAAACAGGGGUCCAACUGAUCUUAAAGGAUUAUCAGCUUGUUUUGGCCUUGGCUUUUGCUAUUGAGCAGAUCAACAAAAACCCUUCUCUUUUACACAACUUGACUCUGGGAUUUGAUAUCUAUGAUGUUCAAUUCAGAGGUUGGCCUUUGUUUCUGAAUCCCUUCAUUUGGCUCUUUGGGAAGUACGAGAGUCCAAACUACUCCUGUAUGAGAGACAGAAGGUCUAUAGCAGUACUUACAGGACCAUCAGCAAUAAUAUCUGACCAGAUUGGGACAUUGCUGGGAAUUUACAGAUAUCCACAGUUGCACCCUUUACUGAAGAGCAUCCAGUUUCAAAAUCCCAGUGGGGAUCAAGUGAUUUUUGAUGAGAAAAAGAAACUGGAGUCAGAGUAUGAUAUAAUGAACAUUUGGAAUUUUCCAGAAGGGCUGGAACUUGCUGUGAAAGUAGGAAUGUUUUCUCCCUAUGCUCCACAUGUCAAUCAACCGUCUUUGUCUGAAAAUAUGGUAGAGUGGGCCAUUGAAAGUACAGAGAUUCCUCACUCUGUCUGCAGUGAGAGUUGUGAUCCUGGAAUCAGGAAAUCUCCUCAGGAGGGAAUGGCUGCCUGUUGCUUUGAUUGUACCCCUUGCCCAGAGAAUGAAAUUGCUAAUGGGACAAUUAAGGAGUAUUGUGUGAGGUGUGAAGAUCAUCAAUAUGCCAACACACAGAGAAAUCAGUGCCUCCUAAGAGUUGCAAGUUUCCUGGCUUUUGGAGAUCCCUUGGGCAUAGCUCUGGCCUGCAUAGCUCUUUGCUUCUCUAUGCUCACUGUUGCUGUUUUUGGGAUGUUUUUGAAACACCAAGACACUGCCAUUUUUAAGGCCAAUACCUGGGCUCUCAGCUACAACUUGCUCAUCUCUCUCAUCUUCUGUUUCCUCUGUUCUUUGCUCUUUCUUGGAGGACCAAACACAGUCACAUGCAUCCUACAGCAGAUCACAUUUGGGGUUGUGUUCACUGUGGCUGUUUCCACAGUAUUGACCAAAACAGUGACUGUGGUUCUGUCCUUCAAGGCCACUUCUCCAGGGAGAAGGAUGAGUUGGCUGCUGGCAUCAGGGGCUCCUAACUUCAUCAUCCCCAUCUGCACACUCAUCCAGGCGACUCUCUGUGGACUCUGGUUGGGAACCUCUCCUCCCUUCGUUGACACAGAUGUACACUCUGAACAUGGCCAAGUCAUCAUCCUGUGCAACAAGGGCUCUCUCACUGCCUUCUACUGUGUCCUGGGAUACCUGGGAUUCCUGGCCUUGACCAGCUUCACUGUAGCUUUUCUGGCCAGGAAUCUCCCUGACACCUUCAAUGAAGCCAAGUUCCUGACCUUCAGCAUGCUGGUGUUCUGCAGUGUGUGGCUCACCUUCCUGCCUUUCUACCACAGUGCAAAGGGGAAGGUUAUGGUGGCUGAGGAGGUCUUCUCCAUCUUGGCCUCUGGUGCAGGGCUCCUAGGCUGCAUUUUUGCUCCAAAGUGCGACAUCAUCUUAGUAAUGCCAAACAAAAAUUCUCUCCAUGGUUUUAGGGAUGAAAAACAUG